AUGGUAUCAUCGGAGGAUAUGAAUUUUCUUCAAACCGAUUUGACCAGUUCUGAUACAAAUAUAAUGGAUUUGAAAGAAGCUCGUACUACUGGAAUGCCACCUCACAAAUUUUUGCAACAUCAGCCACGUCCCGUUAACGGAAUAUCCUGUGAGGACGUGAAUUCUGCGGAUUCUGGACCAGCAGAUUUUGAACGUGCGAUAUACUUGUCAGGUUAUGGAAAAUUCAAUUAUUUGUUACUACUGGCUGUACUGCCAGCUAGUUUUGCCAGCAUAUUCUCAUCUUCAUCGACAGCCUAUGUUCUACCAUCAGCAGAAUGUGAUCUUGAACUUACCAUGAUCGAUAAGGGACUACUCAAUUCCAUGUCUUUUGCAGGUGGUAUGAUCAGUACUAAUUUUCUUUGGGGAUUCAUGGCUGAUACUUAUGGAAGGAAAAGAAUUAUGUUUUACGGAUACAUGCUAACCGGUUUUAUCACAUUGGCCACGUGUUUCUCGCACAGAUCGUGGCUAUUAAUACUUUUCAAAUUUUUCGAAGGAUCGAUCAUAUCCGGUCCUUAUGCUGCUUUGAUGUCAUAUUUGGCGGAAAUACACGAUGAAAAUCAUCGUUCACGUACUUACAUGUGGCUAGGCGUUUAUUUUUCAUUUGGAAAUAUUUCCUUGCCGUGUAUAGCAUGGUUAAUUCUACCACAAAAAUGGAAUUGGAGUAUUUUACAUGGUUUCGUUGAAAUCAAAUCUUGGAGAGUAUUUUUAGCCAUUUGUUCACUUCCAGCAUUUUUGGCAUGCGUUGCUAUUUGGUUUUUUCCCGAAAGUCCACGAUUUCUUUUAUUGAAAGGUCGCCGCGAGGAAGCAUUAGAAAUUUUUAAAAAAAUAUAUUCGGUCAAUACUGGAAAACCGGCAGAUACUUAUCUGAUAAGGGAUCUAGAGGAAGAAUAUUCAGUAAAAUCAACGGGUGAUAAAUGGAAAGAAAAAGUACAAUCAUCAUGGGCACAAAUCAAACCACUUUUUUUACCUCCAAACGUGUUUAAACUCAUAGUCAUAUCUCUGAUUCAACUUGGUGCUACGAUAGGAUCAAAUUCGUUGAGAUUAUGGAUGCCACAAUUAUUUUCUUUGAUAGAAAGUUACAAAAUCAAUCACGUAGAGAAAGAUUACACAGAACUAAAUUCUACUGUCUUCGUGAAUUCUAUAGUCAUCGCACUUACCGGUAUCAUUGGUUACACUUUGGCUGGCUCGUUGAUAACCAUCGUUGGAAAGAAAAAAUUAAUGGCAAUAUGUUUCCUCGUGGCAGCGGCUUGUUGCGGAUCACUAUAUUGGACGAAUGAUACUAAUGGAAUAUUAGGAUUGUCAUCCGUAUUUGUAGCAAUGUCGAGUAUCGGUGGUGCUACGGUGGUCAAUAUAAUCGUCGAUAAUUUUCCAACGUGUCUAAGGACUAUGGCAGUUAGUACCGCCAUGACAGUCGGAAGAUGCGGGGCCGUGAUUGGUAAUCUUCUGUUCCCAGUUCUGUUUGGAUUAUCUUGUUUCGGGCCGUUUAUUAUGAUUGGUUCGGCUUGUUUGUUUGCCGCCGCUUUAGUCAUUCUUUUACCACAAAAACCUGCUAUAAAGAAAAAACCGAAAGAAAUUCCAUGA